AUCUUCAAGUUUUCUCACAGGGUUUUCUUUGUUUUGCGAGGUCUAGCAAACCUCGCGGAAACAAGAAAACCCACUUGCCCUCCUCUCUCUCUCUCUCUUUAAUCUCUUAUCUUCCCCUUUGGUGUUAAUGUUACCAAGAUCAUACAGAUUCCCACAAAAUUAUAAGGAGAGUAUUGUGCAAUGGAGGUGCAUCCAAGGGUAAACUCUAUGUUAGCCAAGAGGCUAUGGAAUGUUUUGAGGGUAACCUUCUUUAUGAUAAGGAAGGGAUUGGUUUCAAAGAGGAAGUUGAUCAUGGACAUGAAUCUCAUGAUGAAGAGAGGGAAGCUCUUGAGGAAGUCCUUAAGCAACCUCAUGUCCCUCCACCACCACACCCACCAUCAUCACUCAAAGGAUUUGGCACGCGGUAGCUUCGGCUUACAAGAAUAUGAAUUCUCAUGCAGCAACAGUCCUGAUCUUGUUUUUUUCCGCAUGCCAAAGCGCAAACACCAUUAUUUCCCCUGUAUCAAUCUCCCCGAGGUCAUAGAAGAGGAGCAGCUUGAAGCAGAGGAGAGCAAGGGCGCAGUUGUCAUGGUUCCAAAGACUCCAGAGUACACUUUCAACAUCCAUUUUGAUCACGCCUCUGAGUUCGCUCCGGGAGAGAAGCGUAGCCCUCUUCUCUCCCCGUUCUCGGUAAGAGUGUCAGAUUAUUCAUCAGAAGAUGAGAAUGAUGGUGGGAAUGUACAGGUUGACGAUGAAGCUGAAGAAUUCAUCAGAAGGUUUUAUGAGCAGCUAAGGGUACAAAGUCGCAUGCAAUUGCUGCAGUAUCAGGAAGCCUAAUAACGUACAGGAGAAUCUCGCUGUAGUGGAAGAUAGGCUAGCUAUUCGGCUUACGGUCCAUCUCUCCAUGGUUUAAUAACGGAUAUUGAAUGGAAUUAAUGCAAAUUAGUGUAAAGUUUUGUGAAA